AUGAGGCGCAACAGUAUCUCGGCGCUUGCUCUCUUGCCGCUGGUCUCUCAAGUCCAGGGUGCCCUUGAUGGCGACGCUCUAGCGGAGCAGUACUUCGGCAAUGAUGCACCCUGGUACCGCAACCGCAUUCCCUUCUUCGAGAGCAGCGACAAGGACAUCACGGAUGUCUACUACUACCGCUGGAACAUUUUCCGCGCUCACCAGCGUGAUCUCGGCGCCAAUGGCUUUAUUUCUACCGAGUUUCUGGACGACGUGGGUUGGCAAACGAAGCCGUGGGCAUCUCUGAACGAUGCCACGGUCUUCCAUUUGCUCGAAGGCCGCUGGUGCCGCGACCGACGCUUUAAAGAAGACUAUGCUACCUUCAUCCUGGGCCCGAACAGUAAUACCCGACAAUUCUCGGAAACCAUGGCAGCAUCAGUCUACAAGGGCUACCUGGUGGACGGUGUUGCAGCAGAUGCUACAGCACGUCUUGGUGCUAUGACAUCCGUUUACAACGCCUGGCAGGACGCUUUUGAUACGUCGAAGGGCCUGUACUACGUAGAGCCAAUCCGCGAUGCUACAGAAUACACCAUCUCAAGCAUUGAUGCCAGCGGUGGUCAAGACGGUUUCUUCGGAGGCAACGCUUUCCGACCGAGCAUCAACGCGUAUCAGUACGAUAACGCGAUCUCCAUCGCCAAGCUGGCCGAGUUGAGGGGCGGGUCUGCUGAUACCGUGACCACUUACAAUCAGCGAGCUGCAGACAUCAAGAGCCGCGUCCAGAAUGAUCUUUGGAACUCCACAUUCGAGCAUUUCACCGACCGAUAUCAGGUCAACAACCAGUAUGUGAAAUACUGGGAUUUUAUCCGCGGCCGCGAGCUCGUCGGAUUCGUUCCCUGGGCACACGACCUGCCAGAUGACACGCCUGAGUUCGCCGAGGCUUGGAAGCACGCCAUUGACACCAACGAGUUUGCAGGACCCCACGGUCUGCGUACUGUCGGCCCCUCGUUCGAGUACUACAUGCGUCAGUACCGCUACGUCGAGGAGAACGGCACGCAGCCCGAGUGCCAAUGGAACGGUCCCGUCUGGCCCUUCCAGACCACUCAGGUGCUGACAGGUCUUGCGAAUUUCCUUGACCACUACCCCAAUGGCACCGCUACCGGCGUCAUCGGCAAGCCCGACUACACCAGGAUCCUGCAGCAGUAUGCUAAGCUCCAUUACAACCCCGAGCGAGGCAACAUCCUGGAUCUUGAGGAGGACUACUACCCCGAUACCGGCUUCCCGAUCGUCGGUCUGAAGCGCUCGCCCCACUACUUCCACUCUGGGUUCGUGGACUCUAUCCUGUCUGGUUUCGUUGGCAUCCGUCCCAGCGCCGACGAUGUCCUCGAAGUCAACCCUGCCGCCGAGGCCUCCGCCAUCUCCUACUUCCGCGCUGACGCCAUCAUCUACCACGGCCAUGAGAUCGCCGUACAAUGGGACGCUGACGGUUCGCACUACGGGUCCGCUGGUCUCAAGGUGGAGGUCGAUGGCCAGGAAGUCGCUUCGUCGCCCACCCUUUCCCGCCUGAGUGUCGCGCUCAGCCGCACUGCGCCUCCGGCCAUCACCCGCAAGAUCGCCAAGUCCAUCAAGCUGAGCACCGACACCGCCUUCCCUGCCGGCAGCGCCUCCGUAUCCGGCGUCGAUGCUGCCUCGCUGUAUGGUGCGAUCGACGGCCGCAUCUGGUUCUUUCCCGAGACCGAUGUCGCGAACGGCUGGAGCACGCCCCAGGGCAACGGUACUGAGGUGUGGUUCCAGGUCGACUUCGGCUCGUCUACUGCUGUUAGCAGUGCUGAGAUUGCCUUUUUUGCGGACGAGCAGCAGGGCUUCGAUGUGCCUACGAGCUAUCGCAUCCAGGCUGCCAAUGGAGACUCGUGGGUCGAUGUGUCCGAGUCGAAGUAUGCUGUGGCUGUGGCUAAUGGAAUCACCGAGGCCUCGUGGUCGGAGGCGAAUAGCCAGAAGGUGAGGAUUGUGUUCACGCCGAAGGAUGGGCAGAAGGUCAGGCUGGUCGAGUUCAAGCUCUUCUAG